CACACACACACACCUCUCUGAUUCUCCUGUUAACUUGGCCAAGUUUUAUAAAAAUUUUUGUUUUUUAGCUAUGAAUAUCCUAUGCAAAUUCUUAAGUUUGGAUGUAAACGAGGAGAUGGCUCGACUUUUCAGCGCCUCAUGCAAGCCUGACGAUGCGAAUGCCUCCCGCAGCUGCGAGGAUUAUUCCAAAGAGCCCGUCGAGUGCCUCAGCUAUACCAUUCGGCACAAGUAUCCCAAGCGCCUGGUCACCUACGAUGCGGAGGAGCGCUGCGAGCCGCGCAAAAUACGCGCUUCGGAUCUAGAGGAGAGCCAUGAGCCGAAAGGCAAGAAAUGCGAAAGCCCGACAGAGACGAAACCUGGUUCGACUGAGGCUAAGGCCACCAAGGUGGCCAGCAAAUGCUCCAAGCUGUUCGACCUGCAAAAGAGGCCGACGAAGCAGCAUUUGAAGAUAAUGGAGCGCCGUGCCAAGACGCUUUACCAACUCAGAGCUCUGCGGCGGCGGCAAUGCGGGGAGUGCACGAGCACUGAGCCCAGCUGGGAGAGUCUCAGCUCGGCUGAGAGGCUCAGCUUCUGCUGGAGGUCGCUGACUCACCACGAGCUGCGCCCGACGCCUUACGAGAACUUCAGGCAGCUGUUCAUGGCGCGCCACCUGGACACCUGUCCGCAGCUGAAUGCGCGCAAGGUGAGCGCAAUGGUGCGACCCACCUGGCUGAGCAUGAAGAGCGAGCAGCGCGUGCCCUUCAAUCUGCACGCCCUGCUCUAUCAUGUCAGCACCGGAGACCUGGAUCCCUUCGAUCACUGUGCGGUGCGUGUGCUCUUGAAUCGCUGGCGCUGACCCUGAAGACUGCUGGGCCUGUGCUCUGGCGGGCGCAUUAAGAUGUCUGUCAGGCACAUUUGAUUUUCAUUUUAAUUUCCCAAUUUUUU